GAAAUAGACUUUGACAAGCGGUCACCCACAAGGCGUCAGGCGUCUGCCGACACGAGGGUUAACUGAGCCAAAUAAGAAAUUCGCCUUUGAUAGUGUCCGACCGACUCAUAGUGAAACCUCCAAAUUGGAUGACAACCAGAUUGUUUGGGAGACGUGUAAGGAUGUAUGGCUGUGCUACCGACCUGGUUCCGCGGGACGGCUAGGGUGCCAGCAACUUUUCUCGAGGCGCUCGGUUCGCCGUAUGGGUGUCAGCCACUGCCUGGCGAAGCGUAUAUAUACGUCGUCCUACGAUGUCCCUUCCAGUCCGCUUUCCCUGGCUGGGCCGUCCAUGCAGUAUACCAUGAUGUUUGGACCCAUGACCUCUGUUCCUGGUUUCCUUAGGAGAUGGCUCGUGCCUCCCUUCAAGCAUCCCAGGGCCGUACCAAUUGAAGUGACGUUCGAUAUUACGACACCGCAACCUACUCGCAAACCUGUGGACCGUCCAUUGCCACGACCGCCCGCUCACAUUCCUAAUGAACUCAUCCUCUACAUCCUACAAGCAGGAUACUCCCCCGAUAAUACCGAACCAGACCAUGAGAUGCUAAUGCAAUGCUCAUUGGUCUCAAAGGAUUGGUCUGUCCUCGCACAACAACUUCUUUUCAGCGAUGUCACUCUUCGUACGGAGCCUGCUUACACGUCCUUCCAACGCGCAGUCGACCGCUCAACUCCUCGAGGAUGUAUGCUCGGCAAUGCCGUUACGUCCUUGCGCGUUACGCUUGACCCAAAUCAUCCCCAAUGCCUCACAGAACGCGCCUUCGCACAGGCUGUCACUCUUACUCCGAACCUUGUCACUUUGCGCGUCGCAGUAUAUGGUCAAGGCGCUCCGGGCCUGGACAUCAUUGGUUCACCGGCUCAGCAGCGAAUGCGACGCGGCGCUCCGUCUUUCGAUCCCACGACUUUGUUCAUUUUACGUUCAGGACCAAGGAUCAAGACGUUGCAGUUGAGCGAUUGGUCUGACAAUCCAACAUCACUAGUACAACUGCUAGACAUUUGGCCUUCAGUCCAGUCACUCGAGAUCUGCGGCACUCCCCCUUCUCUCCCUUCACCAUCACCUGAGCCCUGCCCAUGCGCGCUCCAGGAGCUCCGAAUCAACGUUCAAAUGCCGCCUUCAGUCGAUGUCCUUGAAUGGCUUACGUACAACUCCAAGGACACUCUUCGUGUUCUGGAUCUCAAGCGGGAGCCUGAGGCCGAGAUGCUUGAUUACCUCCUUGGAGAACAUAGCGCCACUCUCGAAUCGCUCUCCAUUCCAUCCGCAGCCGCUUCCAAAGUUAUCAUCAAUCUUCUCGAAUGCUUCAUGCUUCGCGAGUUGCGCGUCGAGAAGACCAAAACUGCACGUCAGAUCUUCAAUACACUUCCAGUGGGUUUGGAGCAUUUGGCUCUCGGCGUUCAUGGGGACGUCUCUCUGCAACCUGUUCUUCAGUUUAUCAAGAAGACCGAGACGUUGAAGACGUUGACGAUGCAUCUUUGGAACGGAGCUGAGAGCCACGAGCAGCUAGAUGCUGUGAAAAUCGCAUGUGCCCGUCAAGGUGUUGAUUUGCAGUUCACGAAGGAUAUCCGGACCUUCCGUUCGAUUUCGGUAUGUCGUAAUUUGCUUGGUAUUGAUGCCGUCGCUCAUUGUUUUUAUUGUUUUUAUUAGUCCCAUUCAGCGUCCUCCAUUUGAUGGAACGAAGAACAUCAAUAUCGAUAUGUUCAAUAUGAAACGAUACGACCCUCUCAUGCCUUUCGCUGUAUCAUACGACAACAUCAAGUACCCGAUGUACGAUCUGUAACCAUCAACAUUCUCGUCAACAUCAUCAUCAUCAUCAUCUACUGGAUAAGGCAAAGAACUUUACAUUCCCAUUUAUUCUCACCAUACUCGUCCAUCAUCCCACAUAUUCUAUACUACAAUGAACAUUCCUUCACCUUACGUUCGAAACCCCACUCGGAUUGUGAUCUAAUCACUGCUUGCUAUUUUUCGUUCCUUUCCAUGAUCGACUUCUUGUUUGCUUAGUAGAAUCAUACGGCUUUAAUCAUCUACCAUUCUCCCUGCAAGGACGUUGUUACUGACUACGUAGCUUUACGAGUAUAACCUCUGCUUCGGAUUCGUUCUUGUUCAGGUACAAUCUAGUACAUUCUACUUGCGCAAAGAAAUACUAUUCGCUGUUAAUCACAUAGACCAAGCAGCGCCAUCGUACGAACAGCAUGU